AUGGUAUCAUCUGAAGAGAAUUACAUAUGGUAUGGAGUUUCAUAAAUGCAACUCUUAAGUUUUAGCAGAUACUUUAAGGACUUAGUCAUUAGAUCUAAUGUCUAAAUUAUAUUAAGAAACAGUUUGAGUGAUUAAAAAUUAAGUUGUUGCAAAGAAAGAAAAUAAAUGAGUGAAAAAUUUCAUAAUCUAAUUAAUAACAUAAUAAUGUUUAUUAUAAUGAAUUCGAACCUUUGCUCUUUUCCGGAAGUUGCGAUUAAUCAAAUAUUGUAUGGCAGAUUGAAUGUAAUUUGAAUUAAUUAAUUUGUCUUUAUUCAUUAGAAAAACAUAAUAAAGAAUUUGUGACGCUAAGUUUAAACCCAUCAGAAAAUUAGCUGCCAAGGACAAGUCUUAGAUCAUUAUUUGGGAAAGAAAUAAUACGUUAAUCUUCAAUUUUAAUACUAUGUUCUCAUUGAUGAUAUAUAUGACAUGAAGAAAAUUAAUUAUUUCUUUAAAUAAUAUAAUAAUUAUAGAUAUUAAGAAUUAUGUUAAGUAAUCAAUUAGUCUUUUCCUAAUCAAUUUAAGAUAUGGGUUAAAAGUUAAAUUUAUUAAUUACUAUUAGUUUAUUUGGGUAGUGGUAGUAAAGAAAUAGAUAGACUCUUUGUAUUUGAAUUAAAAAAGGGAUCAUUUAUAAGAAUUGGGAGGAGACAGUUUAAUUAAUAAGAAAUAGCUUAAUUGCUCAUGAAUAAAAAUUUCUAAUGUUUUAUAAUAAAGAGAGGAAUUUGA